AUGAUUUCUGUCCUUAUUGUAGGCUGCGGCCUCAGUGGACUGGCUUCCGCACUGGCUCUUGCUCAAGCUGGUCAUCAUGUGACAGUCUUCGAACGCAAUGCUGAGCUACAAGAACUUGGUGCUGGAAUACAGUUGUCACCAAACGCUACGCGUUUGCUCCAGAACUGGGGAGUCCUGGACGAGGUCCUCAAGUACGCUGACCGUCCAGUGUCUGGGACCUUUCGCUCAUCUCAAGGAGAGAUCCGGUCGUACUCCCCGCCCGUAUCUGACCAGAGACUGGUCAGCCAGGCUCCGUACAUCAUGAUUCACCGAGCAGAUCUCUUAAGAGCCUUGCUGUCUGGGAAAGACAAGCACGGCAUUGAGAUCAAACUAGGCAGUGAAGUCGCAGAGAUAGAUUUCAACAAGCCAUCCCUACGCCUGGCCACUGGGGAAGUCUACGAAGCAGACAUGAUCUUGGCGGCAGACGGGGAGAGGUCUCGUUGCAGAGGUAGCAUGUUGGGACGUCCAGAUCCACCUUACAGUCCCGGAGACGUCGUUUACCGGGUCUCUGUGCCUACCAACGGCAUCACCGAAAAGCAUCGAGCUUGGGAGUUGACAAGACAAUCCAGUGUCAACUUUUGGAUGGGACCAGGCGGACACGUGGUCUCGUAUCCCAUCAAGCACGAUAUGCUCAACAUGGUUCUCAUUUACCAUGAGGGGCCAGGCACCAAAGUUAUGUACGGGCCACAACGAGCAGAUCUGGAAGAGUUUAGGAGCAAAAUCCAUGAUUGGGACCCUAUACUACAUGAGUACAUUGAUGUGGAAGGAUCUGUUUGCACCAAAUGGACUUUGUUCCAGAUUCAUGAGCCGACCCAGUGGUGCCACGAUAAUGGACGAUUCGCACUGAUUGGCGACGCCGCUCACGCGAUAUUACCGUGUCUAGCACAAGGUGCCGCGCAGGCAUUCGAGGAUGCUGGAGUCCUUGGCGGCAUCUUCUCCCAGGUCGUGGAGCCUGAACAAAUCCCGGAUGCCCUGAGAGUGUUUGAGCAGGUUCGAAAACCACGCGCUUCAGAAGUCAGGCGUCGUACAUUGGACCAGAAGGCCAUGUUUGCUCUCCGCGAUAAGCACGAGCAGGAUUUGCGUGAUGCCAAACUCGGUGCGGGCGAGGACUGGAAGCUAUUCCAAUGGCUAUGGGAGUACAACGCGGCAGAAGACGGGUCAAAGGCAUGGCAGCAGUUCCUAGAGGCCCGUAAUGGAAUCUAA